UUAUUGAAUUAUAAUUGAAAAAUUUCAAUUCAUUAUCAAUCUUUUAAUUCAUUAAUCUAAGAUAAGGCACAUUUAUUAGAUAUUAUAUAAAAAUAAAUAUAAAAGAAAUAAAAAUGCCCGAAAGUUCAGUCGACGAUUCAGCCGCAUCUUCACAAACCCCAGUUAAAACAACUUAUAACUUAUCUAAACCAAGAGCAGCUUAUUAUCCUCAUCCUGGAUCAAAGAUUUAUGCCGAUAAACAAUUGUAUAAUAAAAUCGCCAACGCACCUAAAUCAUUAGUUGAAUCACACUUAUGCCAACCAAGAUCAGGAAUUGCAGUUAAAAUUCCUGCUAAAUCUGUAUUUAGAUUAACUACCCCAGAAGGUCCUCAAGUUUGUGAUUUGAAUAUUUGGAAUUUACAUAAUCCAAGAGAACGAUUUUGGGCCGCUAGAAGCAGACAAUUACAUUCUGCUCAUGUAUCAACCUUUGACAGAUUAUGGUCAAACUUACCUUAUUUAAGACCCCUUGUAACUAUCACGGCUGAUACAUUACUGGCAAGACAUGAUGAAUGGGGUGGAAGGGUUCAUGAUACUUUGGGUACAAGAUGUGACCCAUAUGUUGAUAAACUUAUAAGUGGUGAAGAUAAUGAUUUCCACUGCCAUUCAAAUUUAACAAGGGCAGUUUUACCACAUGGUUUAACUGAAUUCGAUGUCCAUGACGUUUUAAAUGUCUUUCAAGUUACUGGCUUGAAUGAAUAUGAUCAAUAUUUCAUGGAGGCUUGUCCUGCUUCCAAGAGUGAUUACUUUGAAAUGUUUGCUGAACAAGAUCUCUUAGUCGCAAUUAGUGCAUGUCCUGGAGGAGAUUUAUCUCAAUGGGGUUGGGGUGAAGAUAGUGAAAAUUUAGAUGACCUGAAGAUGUUGGACUGUUGUAGACCAUUGGGUAUAGAAAUUUACAAAUUAGACGAUGAAGAAGAUGUAUUAAAGGAAUGGAAAGCUCCUGAAUUCGUCAAUUACAGAGGAAAUCAUGGUUUGAAAGGUCCAUAAUAUAUAUACUUGUAAUUAGAAAGUAGAUAUACUGUA